CGCCGCUCCCACCUUCCGCCGCCGCCUCGAGGGAAGUCGGAACGACGGGGGUCACGGCGGGGGUCAGAGGGUAAAGGUCUUGCUCCCAGCAGCCUCCGCGGUGGAUACGUCGCCAUCUUGGAUCCGCGGGACAAGAAAAUUCAUGCGAGGGAGAACUGGUGGGCGGUCCUUCCUGUGACACGACCCUUGAGUGACAGUUCUAUUUGAUUGCCUCCAGUACUGUGAGGAAAGGACACGACUCUAUGGUGAGGACUGAUGGACAUACAUUAUCUGAGAAAAGAAACUACCAGGUGACAAACAGCAUGUUUGGUGCUUCAAGAAAGAAGUUUGUAGAGGGGGUCGACAGUGACUACCAUGACGAAAACAUGUACUACAGCCAGUCUUCUAUGUUUCCACAUCGGUCAGAAAAAGAUAUGCUGGCAUCACCAUCUACAUCAGGUCAGCUGUCUCAGUUUGGGGCAAGUUUAUACGGGCAACAAAUUCAGAAUGUUUGGUUGACUGAUGUGCCAUUCCACAACAGACUAGUAACAGAAGGCACCAAAAUGUGUGCACUAGGCCUUCCAAUGAGGGGGAUGAGCAACAAUACCCCUCAGUUAAAUCGCAGCUUAUCACAAGGCACUCAGUUACCGAGCCACGUCACGCCAACAACAGGGGUACCAACAAUGUCACUUCACACGCCUCCAUCUCCAAGCAGGGGUAUUUUGCCUAUGAAUCCUAGGAAUAUGAUGAACCACUCCCAGGUUGGUCAGGGCAUUGGAAUUCCUAGCAGGACAAAUAGCAUGAGCAGUUCAGGGUUAGGUAGCCCCAACAGAAGCUCGCCAAGCAUAAUAUGUAUGCCAAAGCAGCAGCCUUCUCGACAGCCUUUUACUGUGAACAGUAUGUCUGGAUUUGGAAUGAACAGGAAUCAGGCAUUUGGAAUGAAUAACUCCUUAUCAAGUAACAUUUUUAAUGGAACAGAUGGAAGUGAAAAUGUGACAGGAUUGGACCUUUCAGAUUUUCCAGCAUUAGCAGACCGAAAUAGAAGGGAAGGAAGUGGUAACCCAACUCCAUUAAUAAACCCCUUGGCUGGAAGAGCUCCUUAUGUUGGAAUGGUAACAAAACCAGCAAAUGAGCAAUCCCAGGACUUCUCAAUACACAACGAAGAUUUUCCCGCGUUACCUGGUUCCAGUUAUAAAGAUCCAACAUCAAGUAAUGAUGACAGUAAAUCUAAUUUGAAUACAUCUGGCAAGACAACUUCAAGUACAGAUGGACCCAAAUUCCCUGGAGAUAAAAGUUCAACAACACAAAAUAAUAACCAGCAGAAAAAAGGGAUCCAGGUGUUACCUGAUGGUCGGGUUACUAACAUUCCCCAAGGGAUGGUGACAGACCAGUUUGGAAUGAUUGGCCUGUUAACAUUUAUCAGGGCAGCAGAGACAGACCCAGGAAUGGUACAUCUUGCAUUAGGAAGUGACUUAACAACAUUAGGCCUCAAUCUGAACUCUCCUGAAAAUCUCUACCCCAAAUUUGCAUCACCCUGGGCAUCUUCACCUUGUCGACCUCAAGACAUAGACUUCCAUGUUCCAUCUGAGUACUUAACGAACAUUCACAUUAGGGAUAAGCUGGCUGCAAUAAAACUUGGUCGAUACGGAGAAGACCUUCUCUUCUAUCUCUAUUACAUGAAUGGAGGAGACGUAUUACAACUUUUAGCUGCAGUAGAGCUUUUUAACCGUGAUUGGAGAUACCACAAAGAAGAACGAGUAUGGAUUACCAGGGCACCAGGCAUGGAGCCAACAAUGAAAACCAAUACAUAUGAGAGGGGAACAUAUUACUUCUUUGACUGUCUUAACUGGAGGAAAGUAGCUAAGGAGUUCCAUCUGGAAUAUGACAAAUUAGAAGAACGGCCUCACCUGCCAUCCACCUUCAACUACAACCCUGCUCAGCAAGCCUUCUAAAAAAAGACUUCCCUUUUCUUGGGGUAUGGCUGUCUCAGCACAAUACUCAACAUAACUGCAGAACUGAUGUGGCUCAGGCACCCUGGUUUUAAUUCCUUGAGGAUCUGGCAAUUGGCUUACUCAAAGGGUCACCAUUUGAGGUCCUGCCUUACUAAUUAUGUGCUGCCCAACAACUAAAUUUGUAAUUUGUUUUUCUCUAGUUCGAGCAGGGUCUGAAUUUUUUCAUUUAUUUUCUUUUUUGCCAGCAGACAGACUUGGGUCUGUAAAGACAAGCAAGUACACUGAAAGAAGUUUACCAUUUAGUUUCUAAAAUGUAAAAAAGAAAACCCACAAAAGACUCAACAGAAUUAGACCACAAAAUUUGCAUUGUUCAUUGUAGCACUAUUGGUAAUAAAAUAACAAAUGUUUGUGCAUUUUUAUGUGAAGAUCCUUCUCGUAUUUCAUUUGGAAAGAUGAGCAAGGUCUGCUUCCUUCAUUUUACUUCCCCUUCUGUUUUUGAAAGGCAGUUUCGCCAAGCUUAACGCAAGAAUAUAUGACUGUUUAGAAGAAAGAUAUUGCCACAAUCUCUGGAUGGUUUCCAGGGUUGUGUUAUUACUGAGCUUCAUCUUUCCAGAAUGAGCAAAACACUGUCCAGUCUUUGUUACGAUUUUGUAAUAAAUGUGUACAUUUUUUUUAAAUUUUUGGACAUCACAUGAAUAAAGGUAUGUAUGUACGAAUGUGUAUAUAUUAUAUAUAUGACAUCUAUUUUGGAAAAUGUUUGCCCUGCUGUACCUCAUUUUUAGGAGGUGUGCAUGGAUGCAAUAUAUGAAAAUGGGACAUUCUGGAACUGCUGGUCAGGGGACUUUGUCGCCCUGUGCACUAAAGGGCCAGAUUUUCAGCAGCCAAGGACAUCCAUACCCAAGUGAAUGUGAUGGGACUUAAAGAAGUGAACUGAGACAAUUCACUCUGGCUGUUUGAACAGCAGCGUUUCAUAGGAAGAGAAAAAAAGAUCAAUCUUGUAUUUUCUGACCACAUAAAGGCUUCUUCUCUUUGUAAUAAAGUAGAAAAGCUCUCCUCA